UGAAGACCAAAGGAGGAGGAGGAGGAGAGACAUGUGAGAUAGAGAGCGGAGAGGAACAAGAGAAGGAGCAGCUGAGCAUAAAGGUGCACACGGAGAAGAGGUGAGGGUGAGGGUGAGUUCCUGGUGCCAAACAUACGCAACAGGAGGUGGAAGUUCAAAGUGUGAAAAUGGCAGCGAGGCUAUUCCUUGUCAUCCUGGGAAUCAUUCCGGAUACAGUUUUUUCAGCUCAAGGACUAUGGAGGAGUGACAGCAAAGACACAGACCCUUCUGUGCACCACGCUGAAGACAACUACGAGUGGACCACAUGGUUCAACGUGGACCAUCCAGGCGGUCGUGGAGACUAUGAGCAGCUGGAAGCCAUUCGCUUCUACUACCGCGCCCGAGUGUGUGAAACUCCCCGAGCGCUGGAGGCCAGAACAACUGAGUGGGUCCCAGUGCGAGAAACUGGAGAGAAGGUCCAUGCAGACCCCACUGUGGGCUUCUGGUGCCUCAAUGAAGAGCAAGGUCCAGAUCGAAACUGUUCCAACUAUGCAGUACGAUUCCUUUGUCCCAAAGAUAUCAGCCUGAACUCUCAGAAUACCUGGAGCCCAUGGUCAGACUGGAGUCCAUGUUCUGCCCUCUGUGGUCAAGUGGGAGUCCAAAUUCGUUCUAGGAGCUGCAAUUCUCGUCCAACACUUUGUAGUGGACCAAAGGUAGAGAGGCAAGAAUGCCAUGGACCCGAAUGUCUGACAGAAUGCACCCUGCAGUGUGUGAUGGGGAGAGUAAAUGCAGAGUGCGAUGCAUGCAUGUGCGAAGAGCACAUCCUGCUGGGCUCGGCCCGCGGUGCUGGGGGUCUCAUUGCCGAGGGGGCUGCGAUACUCCUCUCCAACAAACUCCUCACCCUCACAGACCACAAUGGACAUUUCCGUAUCCCCGGACUCUGCCCUGACGGCAACACCACACUGACAAUAAGACAGCAGGGCCACGCCACCCUUAAUGUUCUUGUUCCCAAAAGCACUGAGCGUACCUCAGUCCUCAGUGUUCAGCUCAAACGAGCAGAGAAGCUUCAUGUCUUGAGCCACCCUGAUAGCAAGGUCAGGAGGGAGGGACAAACUGCUGCCUUCUGCUGCAUUGUGGCUGGAAUACCACAACCAGACAAAUACCAAUGGUUCCAUAACAACAGUCUCUUAGAGAAGUACUCUGAGAGCACCUUGGUUCUAAAAGAUCUGCAUCCUGAACAAGCUGGAGAGUACUACUGCAGGGCAAGUGGUCCAUCUGGAGCCAUUAAGACCAAACCAGCUACUCUCAAAAUUAUUGGCAGAGAUAGCCACUCCUGCGGCCCCAGGCCUGAGUCCCAUCUGAUACGUCUUCCUCAUGACUGCUACCAAAACAGUACAAACUCAUUUUACUACGAUGUGGGAAAAUGCACUUCCAGCAUAUGUGCUGGCCAAUUGGACAGCGGUAUCAGAUGCAAAGACAAAGUGGCUUACUGCUGUGGUGUGGCAAAGAUGGAGGAGAGGCACCUAACAUGCCAGGGCUACCAACUACCCACAAUGGUGGUUACUGAAUGCGGCUGUCAAAAAUGUGUGGACACCAAGGCUAUUGUGCACGGUAGAGCCGUAGCUGCAGAUAAUGGUGAGCCGAUGAGAUUCGGCCACAUUUUUAUGAAUGGUGUAAGAAUUAGCCGUACAGGUUACAAAGGUACCUUUGCCAUCCAUGUUCCUCCUGAAACAGAGAGGUUAGUCCUGACGUUUGUGGACAACAUGAAUAAAUUCAUCAACACAACAAAGGUACUUCCGUUCAACGCCAAAGGAGGUGCUGUUUACCACGAAAUCAAACUCCUGAGAAAGAAAAUGCCAGUGACCAUUAGUUCCUCAGAAAGCAACACUCUUGACCUUGGGGAAGUAGAGGGUCAGGAGCCAAUGGCUCACAUACAGAUUCCCCCAAAUUCCUUCUAUAAGCCAAACGGGGAAGUGUUUGCAGGUAACGUAAAUGCCAGUGUAACAUUCCUUGACCCCAGAGAUGUUUCCACAGCAGCUGCAGCCCAAAGUGAUCUCAACUUUGUAGGGAACGACGGAGAUACCCUGCCACUGAGAACCUACGGGAUGUUCUCAGUUGACUUCCGAGAUGGAGAAACCAAUGAGCCUCUGAAUGCAGGUGAGGUGAAGGUGUUACUGGAUUCUGCCCAGGUGACGAUGCCUGAACACCGUAGUGCCAUGAAGCUUUGGUCACUCAACCCAGAUACUGGCCUUUGGGAAGAGGAGGGAAGCUUGGAGGUUGAGAAGAAAUCAAGAGGCAAAAGGGAAGAAAGAACCUUCCUGAUUGGUAACAUGGAGAUCAGAGAGAGGCGUCUUUUUAACCUGGAUGUUCCAGAGAACCGUAGAUGUUACGUGAAAGUGAGGGCCUUCCGCAGUGAGCGCUUCAUGCCCAGUGAACAGGUUGAGGGAGUUGUAGUGAGCCUCAUAAACAUGGAGCCCACAGCUGGCUACUCCACUAACCCUCGUGCCUGGGGACGUUUUGACAGUGUCAUCACAGGCCCCAAUGGUGCUUGUCUCCCCGCUUUCUGUGAUGAGGAAAAGACAGAUGCCUACUCCGCAUACGUCACGGCCAACCUUGGGGGAGAGGAACUAGAGGCUGUCCCUUCCGCACCCAAACUCAAUCCAAACCUCAUCGGAGUGCCUCAGCCUUAUCUGAGUAAGCUGAACUACAGGCGGACGGACCAUGAAAACCCCAGACUGAAGAAGACGGCAUUCAGUAUCAACUUGGCAAAACCGAGUCCAAACACAGCCGAGGAGGCCAACGGACCAGUGUAUGCGUUUGAGAAGUUGAAAGAAUGUGAGGAGGCGCCAUUCAGUGCUGCACACUUCCGCUUCUCGCGAGUGGAAGGAGAUCGUUAUGAUUAUAACACAGUGCCGUUCAAUGAGGACGAUCCAAUGAGCUGGACAGAAGACUAUCUCAGUUGGUGGCCUAAGCCCAUGGAAUACCGGGCCUGCUACGUCAAAGUCAAAAUGAACAGCCCGCACGAGAUUAAUGUACGGUCUCACAACAUGGGAGGCACGCACCCAAAGACGGUGGGCCAGCUGUACGGUCUUCGAGACAUCAGAAGCAUCCGUGACAUGGACCAGACGGCAGUGUCGGCUGUGUGCCUGGAGUUCAAGUGCAGCGGGAUGCUGUACGAUCAGCAACGUGUCGAUCGGACAUUAGUGAAGGUCAUUCCGCAAGGUAGCUGCAAAAGGGAUCACGUGAACCCACUGCUUCAGGAAUACCUGGUGAACCAUCUGCCGCUAGCCGUCAACAACGACACAAACCAGUUCACCAUGCUCGCACCUCUCGACCCCCUCGGUCACAACUAUGGAAUUUAUACAGUAACAGAUCAGGAUCCCCGCGCAGCCAAAGAAAUCGCACUUGGACGCUGUUUUGACGGCACCUCCGACGGUGCCUCUCGAGUCAUGAAGAGCAACGAGGGCGUUGCGUUGACAUUCACUUGUGGCGAUCGUGAAGUGACGCGCCAGAGUGUGUUCCAGGCCCUGCAGAGUUCUCAAGGUCAGACUAGCACCAGUGUGGUGAGAGGCGAAGGGAGGCAAAACCGACGUCGGCAAAGGGCCAACGCUUCCCGUAACAGUCGGAGACGUAGUACCAGGGAUCCUCAAGGAAGAGGCACAAAGGCCAGAAGCUAAAUAUAUAACACAAAGUGUUAAUAUUAACCUAUCAUUUAGUACUAAAAUUACUAACACAAAAAUCAAACCUAUUUCUGUACUGUGCCAUGCUAUGAUUUUUUUUUCUAGUGUCAUCCUUACACAUGUACUGUAGCAUUUACUUGAAAAUGUAAAUAUUAUAUUUAUUACAAUUAAAAUUGUUGCAGAAUAAUUACAUCAAAGUAUUUCACUGAUGUAAACAAUAGGGGUGUCACUUAGCCCUCGCGAUAUUAAAAUGUGAUUUCUCGUUCAGAAAAAAACGUCUUGUGGGCACUGGGCCUUGGAUGAUGAUAAAGAAAUUCAUCACACAAUUAAUGAAAAUGAACUCAAGAAUUUUGCUGGCCUCAAUAUUAUGUGCAUGCAUGUCUGUUUUCUUUGUCUCUCAUCUCCAAAGAUGCAGGAAGAGGGUUCACGCUGUGCAUUGAUUUCAGCACAUUGGUGCGUUUGUUCCUUAGAACAAUGGCAUGAACGGAGUGAGCCCUUUUGUCAGUCAUAGUCUGUCUCUGUGGGUGGAGGAGGGGCUGGUAGCAUACAUACAGAGUGCAGAAGAGUGUGACGUAGUAGAAAUUAAAUUAGAUUGCAAUACAGCCAUCCCUCGUUUAUAGCGGUUAAUUGUUUCAAGACCUGGAAUGGAAUAUUUUUGUGGUUAGAGCAUAGAAAACAUGUUUAGGACUUUCUAAAUACAUGUUUUAAAACAUCAUUAAAGCCCAGUAGUCACUAUUACAUUCCUAUUAUUCGUUGUUUAUACCAGAUUGCACAACUGUUAUGCUACAGGGACUCUUGAUGGCCUCUAGCUACCGAGCUAAUCAGUUAGCCUCAAAUUUAUUUCUUCUAAACUUAAGGUUUCAAACAGUGGAGGAGGACAAAGAAUCCACAAAUUGACCACUUCUACAUGGAAUGGGAGGAACCUUUUUCACUCUGCAUCCAUGGCUUCCUUCACCGAAUGCAAUAAGGAUGUCGGUCGUCAUCCAUGUAACAUACCUUUCGCUUAGUGCCCAAAAUACUACAUAUCAUCUACAUUUCAAUAUGAAUGUUUUGUCAAAUAAUAAACCAUCGUCUACCACCAAACAGCAAUCACGUGUCAUUGGAGGGGACGACUGUAUAUUGGCAUAUAUUUUAACAUUUGUCAAUUUUUGAUGUUAAAUGUGAUGUUAAAUCUCAUCUCGUUCUUGUGGAUACAAUCUCGCGCACCGUAUCGUGAACGCAGUUGUCUCGUGACACCCUUGUAAACAACACACCUUGUUUUGUUUCGACCAGUGAUUUAUUAAAUUAGAUGUUUAUAAAACACUGCAGACGCCUUAAUGUCAACACAGUACCCAAUUCUCAAUGUAACAUUGCAACUGGUCAACUUCUAGAAAAAGAGAAAUAGAUCGCGCUCAAAUGGCUGUAGCCCAUAUGAAGACACUGUAGGGGGGGGGAAGCCCAGAAAUCAAUCCCCCUUUCCUCGUCACACUUGAUACAAGCCUGCAGAAGUCGUGAUUAGAGACCAUUUUUAAAUAUGUUCGCCCAACUUCUAGAAUCCACUUUUCGGUGAUAGUAUAAAUCAUGUUGGUAGCAAAUGAUAUUCGUCAUGCACAAAAAAAUUCCAAUUAAUACUCUUACGUCUGUUUUUUCCCCCAAGACAUCCAAGAGACCGACUGAAAGAAUGGCUGUGGUGGUUUUGAAGUCAAUUUUCAUUUAUACUUAUUUUUUUCCCUUUUAUCAUCUUUCAAAUGUCCUGUGCUUUCUGUAAAUAAACAUAUUCCACUUACAUGCUCCGUCAGUUUCCAUUCCCCAGAAUAAAAUCUCUCCAUUUAUAAAGAUUGAAUAAUUGCUUUGUAUUUGGCAACCGCUUAUAGAUACUAUAUACUUUAU